UUGAGCCACGCUGUGAAUGUGUAGGAGGAGCAGGCAAAGAAGCUUGCGGUGUAGAGGUGCGUGAUAUGUCGACGCACAAUUUUGAAAAGAUACGCAAGUACUUCAGCGACAAAGAAUGGGAGGAUCUGUCCAGUACCAAAAAGCUUCGUUACGCCAACCAAAAGACGAACUACGACAUCAUGGUCAAGCUCGGUUUAAGGCCUCAAACACCAGAGUUCCUGCAGUCAAAAGCCGCGCCAUAUUCGUCGCAGCUACAUUCUGGAGCUGAGGAGAACGAGGUCUCCAGGCAUGCGGUAUUCUACUGCGACACAUGUGGCGCCUACCCGUGCUCAGCUGAACACUUGGAGGGACGCCCAAUGCAGAAAAAUGUUCAAAGGCAACAAGGGAAGCACAAAUGUGGCUACUGCUCCUACUCAACCAAUCACAUCGGCAACUUUGUUGCCCACGAGAGGACUCACACGGGUCAGCGACCAUUCAUCUGCUAUGUAUGCCAGAAGGAUUUCCCCCAAGCCAGCAGCCUUAACCAGCACCUUAACAUUCACGGCCAAAUUAAGCCCUACGUUUGCGCAGACUGCGGCCUCGGCUUCAACGCUUCCUCCAACUUUGCGCGCCACCGGAAACUGCAUUCAAAUGCCAUGCAGGCCUACAAGUGUUCGGUCUGCUGCAAGAGUUUCAGCCGGAAGGACAACCUCAAGCGUCACAUUCUGUGCCACGCAUUGACAGAGAGGCGUACCCGGCUGUAGACAUGCCGACACGGCGUCACAGGGACAAAUACAAAUCGGUUUGCGUCGUUCAACCACAGCUAUAUUAAGGCGAGUGAAGAGUGAAAUACGUGUGCGCAGAAACCAUCCGGUGCGGUGCACGGCUAGUCGUGCCAAGAAGUGCAUCCGCAGUGUUUCCAACAGAAGCUUCCAACAGGUGCAAACUGACGCGUCAAAUUAUAUGCAGAGACGUGGUUACUUCGACUGUUAAAACUUGCUGAAACAUGUCAGAACAUGUUGGAACUUGUCGGAUGCAGCUGUGCCACUAUUUGU